AUGCAGCAAAGUGAUGUAGAUAAACGAGUCAUGAUUACAUUAAAAAGGGAAGAAACUGAAGGACAAGCAUUGUCAGAGCUGCACGAAAAGGAUCUUCUUGAUUACUUUUCCUCUUAUGGAAAAAUUCAGCAUGUAAAUUGGAUCCGAGACAGGACAACUAACGCUGUCAAGGGCUAUGGAUUUGUCACGUUUUACGACACAGAUUCAUUUAAGGAGGCCGUGAAAAGAAAGCGGCAUAUGCUGGGUGGAAGGCAAGUUAAUGUGUUUCCAGCUACCGAAAGGGAGAAAAACUCCAGCAUUCAAAAAAGGAAGAUUGUAGUUAAGCGACGUAGAGGAUGGAAAGGAGAAAUGGAUUUGACAAGGAUACAGGAUUACUUCUCAAAGUUUGGAGAGAUAGAGAAUGUCGAUGCAAAAAACCUGCAAAUCAAAGGAUACAUGCAUAUCACUUUUAAAAACGAAGAAAGUGUGGAAAGUAUUUUAUUGGAUAAUCAGCAUGACAUUGAUGGUGAGAUAAUGUUUGUGUUGAGAACACACAGUUCUGAUCAGCAAUGGAAUCAGUGGCGAUUAGAGAAAGAGCUAAUCCAUAAAUUGAAGAUCCUAAAGGAUAAGGAAGGUCUCCAAGUUAAUGAGAAGAUGGGAACUCAUGUAACAGUUGUGAUUCCCAAAAAGUUUAAGCAUUGUAUCAAUGAAGAAAGUUUAGAAGAGCACUUUUCUUCUUACGGAGAAAUUGAGAAAGCAUUUAUCCUACGUAAUGAAGUCACGAUGGAAUCAAAAGGAUGUGGGAUGGUUACAUUUAAAGACUCCCAUGUUGUGAAAGAGAUCCUUGCAGCUGGAAAACAUAAGAUAGAUGAUGUUGAAAUUUUUGUGAAGAAGUCAUUGAUCGAUCAUGAGUAA